CUUGCAUAUAAAACCAAAAACCUGAUUGCAACAGUUUUUAGUCGUGAGUGACAACAAGGAAGUGUUUGCUGAACCAGUAAAAAACUCCAGUUAAUUUCUAUCGGAAUAAAUCCUAAAAAAAAUAAAAUAAUCAUGAAAUCAUUUUUGGGGUGUACUAUCGUUACCAUAUUAUCUUUAUCUUUGGUGAAAGCUGGCCAACUUAUUUCGAAUUAUAAUCUAAUAAGUCAUCACGAAGUAGUUCAUCCACAAUCACAUUCAAUUCCGUCAUUUGGAAUUGUCCAUCCGCAGUAUUUUUCUAGCUUUCGCACACAACCACAAAGGCAAGUUUAUGCUCACCCCACAGUCUUGGCUACUUCCGUUGAAGAAUCUUCCGUUCCACAUGAAUUAAAAAAAUCCGAAAAUUUCUAUAACAAUCCCUACAUUGCAAGUGCCCUAGCUAAAGAAUCUUUGACGUUUAACAAAGAAAGUGUGAUUUAUGAAAGGCCCUCAGAAAAGAUCGACAGGAGUCAGAUUGUUAAAUUGAUUAAUAAUUUAAACAGAGCGCAUUAUGAAUAAAAAUAUAUCUUAAAAAUUCUUUGGUUGCGUUUUUUUUUACUAUGUUUACUCAAGUGUAAAUACGUACCUA